AUGGGGUUUCUGUACAACCAGCCCAGCGUGCUGGCAGGAUACAUACGUUUUCUCAAAGAUUUUCUGGAGUCAGCGGAGGAGCAUUACUUUUUUGGAUUUCGAGUGCAUUACUACUUGUUUACAGAUCAACCAGAAGCAGUUCCUGAAGUAAAGAUGGGUGAAAAUCAUCGUUUGACAGUUCGGACGGUUCCGAGUAUGGACAGAUGGCAGGACAUCAGUAUGGGCAGGAUGGAAAUACUGGAAAAACUAAUGGAGAAUGAACUGGCCAAUGAAGCUGACUAUAUUUUCUGCCUGGACGUGGAUACAAAGUUUCAUGGCCGCUGGGGGUCGGAGUCUUUGGGUCGUCUGGUCGGUGUGAUACAUCCUUGGUUCUUUGAUUAUCCAAGGAAUCAAUUCACAUAUGAGCGUAGACCAGAGUCUCAAGCAUUCAUUCCAGCUGGGGAAGGUGAUUUUUAUUACACUGCUGCUGCAUUUGGUGGCUCAUUGGCGGAUGUACAUCAUCUCACCAAAACCUGCCGGGAGCAGAUGAACAUUGAUGCAGCAAACUCCAUUGAGGCAGUAUGGCAUGAGGAGUCUCACUUGAACAAGUAUUUCCUUUAUAACAAACCCAGUAAACUACUCUCUCCUGAAUAUCUGUGGCGGGACAUCAAUAUCAGUGUAGGCCAAGUGAAAAUAAUUCGCUUCUCUCAUGUAGCUAAAAACAAUGCUGAAGUUCGCCCAAAUACGUAACAGCUGUUGCCAGCACUCAGCUGACAGGCCUACUGAAAGAGAAUCUCAAGUAAUAGUGACAUGAGGGACGUUGACAUCUGCCACCAAAAUCAUAGUCAUGCACAAACAAUUAUGAGCAUAAUGUUGGUAUGUGGCACCAGGAACAAAUCUGCCAAAAUCUUUUUGAACGAACACUGAUAUAAACUUUUUACAGUACUCUUCAGUUUGUGUAAUUAAAAAAAAAAAAAAUUUAAAGAGAGUUGAGGGAGGAAAUUUAGCUACAGAAAUCAGGUCUGAAGCUGAACCAAUUGUGAACUUGAAAGAAAUGUAAAUGUUUUUUUCUGGGUACUCCUGCAUAAAUAUGAUUUUAGUUUUCAGCAUGAUCUCAUUACUAUUCAUAGUUAUUUGCAUGCAAGGUUGC